AUGUGUGAGCGGAAAGCAACUUUACAAAGACUCACACAUCUACUCCAGGUGCCAGAAGAAGGUACAAUACGCAAUGACUACAGUGCGAACUUUGUCGAUUCCGGCCUAAAGACACUGCCGAGCGCGUGGAUCGGAAAUACGGCCCCCGAGACGCGUUUGAUAGAGCAUCCGCGGCUUCGCCGGCUGACCGCCCUGAAAGCUGCUCUGGCACAGUAUGCUGCAAUUCCUCGGACAUAUCUACAAGCUGACUUGCGUGCAUGGAUACCCACGGCCCAAGCCAUUCCGAACCUGGGUGUGCUCGAAACGCUCGGUUAUGAUGUGAUCCUUCUCGAUCCACCGCUGCCUUCCUAUGCAUGGAAUGUACCUCAUGAUCCCCAGAUUUAUCCAAGCUGGUCUUGGGACGAUAUCGCGCAGCUCCCUAUACCACGACUCGCGUCCAAAGACAGCUUUGUCUUUUUAUGGGUCGGCGACGGCCGCGAUGAUGGUCUGGAGCGUGGGCGCGACGUGCUCCAUCGCUGGGGCUACCGCCGCUGUGAAGACAUUGUGUGGGUGCAAACGUCGGAGAGAGACGCAUAUGCACCACAAGGGACAUCUCUCUUCGUCCCGGUCGUACAACACUGCUUGAUGGGGAUUCGCGGCACCGUCGUACGCAGCACAGACUCGUUCUUUGUGCAUUGCAAUGUCGACACUGAUGUGAUUCUGUGGCCUGGGGAACGGCCGGAACCUCAUGCGCCCAUUACGACCAUACGAAAACCGCAUGAGCUGUAUACGAUCAUUGAAAAUUUUUGCCUCGGGACACGACGUCUCGAACUGUUUGGUACGAACCGGAAUCUACGGGAUGGCUGGCUUACUGUUGGUUGUGAUGUUGGGCCGCAAGCUCCGCAAUGGCCAGCACAUGGUGCCAUGCCAUUUGAGCCUACGACAUACAUGUCGUAUUUCGUGCUUGAUCCGCCUGGAUGCCCACUUCACUGCCGCUCUAAUCUGUUACCAUACAGCGAAGAGUGCGAGCAAUUGCGUCCACGCACACCACCGAAUCGACAUGAUCACUCACAGCACGCGCCGAACCAGUCGGAUCAAUUGCUCUCCCCUCAUUACCACCAGCCUUACCAGCAACCGGACCUGGUUAUGACACAUGCAUGGCCCUCGCUAACUACGAUGCCGCUCUAUACAUGGAAACCACGACCUGUGAGGUUGCAGCCGCCACUUAGUCAAUUGCUCGGCCAGGGAGCCGGGGGUCGUGCUACAGUCAGUGUACCAAGUAAUAGUGAGCGUCUUAGUGGGGCUCAGGCUCGUGUUCUCGAGCGUGUGCACGAGACGGCUGCGUUACAACGUGUACGUGAGUAG